UUUGUUUUUUGAAAUCUCCUGUUUCUGCUGCCAAAUCAACUUUUAUUUUGAAGGUUUCCAUGUACAAGACAACAUGCAUUCAGCGGUCAGCAUGAGGUCGCGUGCUGAGUAUGGUGCUGAGGCGGGAAGGGAAUCUGAAAUGGAAAGAGAAGAAGCCAACUUGAAGCCCUCAUUGCCAGGAACAGCAGAUUGGGUGGAGUUAAGGGUGGCCGUAACUAUUCAGCAGACCUGAUGGCUUGAGGGAGAAAAUUCCAGAGGGAGGGGGCGUAUAUGGCAAAAGCACGAUCAGCAGCAGCAGCAGCCUCCGCUACAACAACAGGUAUUACUGUUCCAACUGCGAAACCUACAACACCUGGACCAAUAACAACAGGUGGUACUGGUCCAACUGUAAAACCUCCAACACCUGGACCAACGACACCAGGUGGUACUGGUCCAACUGUAAAACCUCCAACACCUGGACCAACAACACCAGGUGGUACUGGUCCAACUGCGAAACCUACAACACCUGGACCAACAACACCAGGUGGUACUGGUCCAACUGUAAAACCUCCAACACCUGGACCAACGACACCAGGUGGUACUGGUCCAACUGUAAAACCUCCAACACCUGGACCAACAACACCAGGUGGUACUGGUCCAACUGCGAAACCUACAACACCUGGACCAACAACACCAGGUGGUACUGGUCCAACUGUAAAACCUCCAACACCUGGACCAACGACACCAGGUGGUACUGGUCCAACUGUAAAACCUCCAACACCUGGACCAACGACACCAGAUCCUUGUCUGCCCGAGUCAUGCGGUGAUGGUAGUACCUGCUCACCUCGGUUCAAUGGAACGUUUGUUUGCUUGUGUUUGGCUGGUGAUGUCUACAAUGAAGACAGGCAAACAUGUGAUAGUGCAAAGGUUUACCCUGGAGAACUGACCCUGCCAGGAAAAAAGUACACUCCAGCCAUGAAUGACCCGACAUCAAAAGAUUUUUUAAAAACCUCAUCAGAAAUUAGCGAGGAGCUAAAAAAGGCUUUAACUGAAACCAAAGGCUACGUUGGAUCUACAGUGCUGAAACUCCGGCCCAUUCCAGAACCGUCCAGAUUUUGGUCCAGGGCAGAGGCUAGGGUCUUGGCAGAUGUAGAGAACAUAUUCAAGACAGACACUGACUAUGAAGCAACAGAAAUUCAAACUACUUUGACAAACUACAUUGAAAAUAAUAAAGAUUCUCCACUUGCAGGGGGAAACUUUACAGUGGGAAACCUGUGUGAAAAAAGUGUCUGCGAUGUUAAAACCACUGUCUGCAAAACAGAGAAGGGAGCUUAUUCCUGCAAUUGCAAGGAAGACUACAUUGAAACGAGCCACAGCACCUCAAUGUGCAUUGCUUGCUCCAGUGGCAAAAAACCCUCGGGGCCAUCCAGCUGUGAGGAUUGCCCAUAUGGUUAUUCUGGUUUCAACUGCAAAGAAUCAUGGAAAUUGGCACUGGUGGUUGUCGGUUCUGUGUUUGGGGCACUGCUGCUCAUCUCAGUCAUUGGCCUUGCUGUGAUGUCAACAAGACCUGCCAAGAAGAGCUCAAAGAAGAACAAAGAUGAAAAGUUCAACAGUUUCCCUGCCAAGGCACCAUUGGUCACCACUACCACAGCCAACAGCCGGCAAAUCUCAGUGAAUGGUUCAGCCAAUGGUUAUGCUAACGCUGGGGUACCCAGAAUCCCACGGGCCACAACCAACAGCUUGGACCGCAGGACCAACCUGGAGAUGUUUCCGAGCAACAGCCGGCAAAAUCCCAGCCCUGCAGGGAGGAACACACGGCUCUAUGAUGACCCUGACGACGUAAACCCGUACGCACGGUCCCGACCCCAGAACAACCCCUACGCUCAGUCAAAACCCCAGAACAACCCCUACGCCCAGAGUCGAGCCCAGACCAACCUAAACCCCAAUCAGGGCCAUUCCAACCCUUACUACAGGCACGACAAUGGAAGACCAUUAUAUUAAUCAGGACCAACAAACAGACAUUACCCCUGAUCAAAACCUAGUACACGCUUGUUCAACCCCCUUCAAAUGACUAAACAUCAAAUUGAAUGCAAGAGUUGUGUAUACAAAAGUGGAUUCUCAUACUAUUGUGCCAACAUUUACUGUAUGUCCUUUCCCCACAUUGACCUGCUUAGUUUGAACUUCAUUGUGACCAAUUAUAAGCUGCCAUAAGUCACUCCUGUUGUUUCUUUGACUAAUAUUUUUGGAAGCUUCAGAUAUGAGAGACACUUUUGGCCUCUUUUAAAUGUUUCUGUCAUCUUCAAUAAGGUGUAUAUUAUUGUUUGACAGAAAUUAUACUUAGACCAAGAUGAAAUUCAGAGACCAGUAACUGUUAGGUCUAAUUUUCUAGCCUAGUAAAUGUCUGGCCAGUUGAUUAAUGUACCAGUUAUCAUUUUGUAUGUCAAAUGUUCAAGCUUAGUCAUGAUGUUUAACUCAUCUUUUUGUGAAUGAGACAAGUUUCUUCUAGUCUUGAUCAAACUUCACAUUGUUCAUCUAUCUAUCAUUUAGUAUGUAAAAUGUUUACUUUAUUAAAACUUUAUGUUUAUUGCUGUAUAUAUUUUGUCAGUUUUGAUUCACUUUCAUGUCUGAUUGAUGCUGAACAUCUGUUUAAUGUGAAUAAAAUGAAAAAUAAAAACUAUUUUACCA